AUGAAGAACAAUAACGUGCGAAGCAGCACUAAAAGUUUUGUGGUCAGCCAAAGAGCAAUAACACUCAAAACUUUGCACAAAGUUGAGCUGUUACGAUAUCGUGCAUGUGGUGAACAAUACAUUUUGAACGACGAUCGUCUUGUCUUCCAUCUACUUGCCUUCAUAGACGUGUGCGAAGACGGGUCGAAUGCUGAUCAGCCGCUAUUCAGCACUUGUAACGACAGUAUAGUAAUAGAUCGAAACUACAAGUUCUGCGGCAACAGCCCACGUUCCCUUUACAAUGAGGAGCAUUUAAUAAAUAUUGCGAAACCGUACUUCUCAACGCACGUGGCAGUUCACGAAAUUGUGGAUUUCGCAGACAAGCUGAAAGCUAACAAGUCUUUGCCAGCUUUUUGGGAGGUAUUCCUCGCCUUUAUCCGGGAGUUUCUUGCAGAUUAUCGUCGCGCGCUGUCGAAGCUACGCGAGUCCAAAAAGCUCUGUAAGUGGUUCACUAGUGAUGUGGUAUUGUGA